AUGUCAGAUGACUACAUCAGUCGAGGGUUCGAUCGCGAACUGGCAGUAGCAUUUGCCUACUUUGAUAUUCUGGACCGAAUGGCUCUCAUAGGCAAAGAUCUCAGGGAAAUAGUUUCCCCUCCAGUCGCCGAACGUCCCGUAGCACCUACAUUGGCGGUGAACCAUGAAGAACACGAAAGAAAUGGUUGGAUCCGAUGUGAAAGUCUCAAUGUCAGGCAAAGGGCAGCAGCGGACGAAAUUCUUGACGCACUGAACAGGGAUCGAAAUAGGUGUAUUUUCGUAGAUGGUCCUGGGGGAAGUGGCAAGACCUACUUAUACAACACCGUAUACGAUAUUGCUGUUGGACAAAGGCAUCAAGUCGUUUGCGUAGCUUGGACUGGAAUAGCAGCGAAUCUUUUGCCAGGAGGAAGGACUGUCAACUCUCUUUUCAAGUUGAACAUAGCAGACGGAAACCGAACACCUUCUAUGAGACGCCAGCAAAAGGAGGCUCAAGAACUGAUGGCAGUGGACAUGAUAAUUUGGGACGAAAUUUCGAUGGCACCCUAA